AUGGCCGGCAAUAUCGAAGUGGUCGACGACAACAGGGUGGAGGUGGCUCCGGGCAAAACUGAUCCGGAGAAGAUGCCGGCUGGAGCCACCACCGAGAGGAUCGGCGACCAAAUUUCCCAUGAGAUGCUAGAGGAGUUAGCACCCAAUGGCGAAACUGACUAUAUCCUCGAGAAGAUCAACAGUAUGACCGAGGAAGAGGCACUGGACAUUAUUCACGAGUCUGUGAAGUUUCACGCCGAUGACUGGAACUUCCCUUCGGAAAUGCGAGAUCGUAUGAAGAGGCUCCUCGAAGGGCCGAAAGUCUACGGCGACUUCUGGGAACGUGACCUGCGAAUCGACGCCGUCCUGAUGCGGUACUCAUCACCGUACCCCGGGGUUCGUGCUGUUGCAGAACACACCGAUGACACCCAUGUUCCCAUUGAGACCUUUCGGGCUUAUUUUCUAGGGAUAGGAUGGGCCGUAAUUGGUACAUUCAUGUCGACAUUCUUCAACAGUCGAUUUCCGUCUAUCAGCUUGAAUGGCUCGGUCAUCCAGAUCCUGCUAUACCCUUGUGCCAAAGUUCUUGAAAGAGUGCUACCAGACUGGGGGAUCACUGUGUUUGGGGUUCGGCAUUCGCUUAAUCCUGGCCCUUGGACCUUCAAAGAACAGAUGUUUUCCACCAUCACGUACAAUAUUGCGAUUUAUACCACCAACAGCUACGGGAUGAUCCUUGUCCAGAAGUCGCCUGUCUACUACGGCCAAACCUUUGUCACGUUCGGAUAUCAACUGAUGCUCACCUUGUUCGUUCAGCUCAUGGGCAUGGGAUUUGCGGGCUAUCUCAGACGUUUCAGUGUAUAUCCCAUCAAGGCGCUCUGGCCGACUGUGCUGCCCAUCAUCGCCAUGAACAGGGCUUUGACCCGUACGGAGCCCAAGGAGAACAUUUACGGCUGGACCAUCUCCCGCUACAGAUUCUUCUACAUCUGCACGAUCUCGAUGUUUGUCUACUACUGGUUCCCAGGCUACCUGUUUACCGCCUUGUCCACGUUCAACUGGAUGACAUGGAUCGCGCCUCAAAAUGUUACGCUGGCUAUUCUCACGGGGUCUUCCCUUGGUCUUGGACUAUUCAACCCAAUUACGACCUUCGACUGGAACGUGGCGACUUCGUCGUACGCCGCUCUGGCGCAGCCCUUCUUUGCUACGUGCACGAUGUAUUUCGGUAGCAUACUCGGGGGGCUGAUUAUACUGGGCAUCUACUACUCAAACAUGUACAACACGGCCUAUUUGCCGAUCAACUCGUCCUCAGCGUUCGCAAACAAUGGCACAGCAUAUCAGGUCCAGAAGGUUGUGAUAAACAACAAACUCAAUGAGACGCUGUAUCAGGAGUACUCACCCCCUUUCUACUCGGCCGGGUAUGUGUUGACGGUUGGGGCCAACUUUGCCUUUUAUCCCGUCUACUUCCUGUACAUCAUGUUCAACCAGUGGACGACGAUGAGACAAGCAUACAUCGACUUCUACCAGGGGCUACGCCGUGGCAAGGGCAACUUCGAAGGCGCCAUGGACAUCCAUAACCGGCUGAUGUCCAAGUAUCCAGAGGUGCCCGACUGGUGGUUUCUCCUGAUCCUGGUGGGGGCGAUUGUGGUGUCGGUCGUCUUUCUGAGCAUCUAUCCGCUGGACACGCCGGUCUGGCUGGUCUUCCUCAUGAUCGGGAUCAACCUGGUCUUUGCCGUCCCGCUUUCGUUUCUGUCGGCCACGACGGGAACCAACCUGGGGCUGGGAUCGCUGAUCCAGGUAAUCACGGGGUUCAUCCUCCCCGGCAACCCCAACGCGUUCCUGUUCGCCCAGACGCUGGGCUCGUGGGCACUCGCGGGCUACGGGGACAACUAUGUGCAGGACCAGAAGAUGGCGCACUACUGCAAGAUCGCGCCGCGAGCCGUGUUCCGCAGCCAGAUUGGGACCAUUAUCAUCACGUGCUUCGUCGCGGUGGGCACGCAGGACUUCAUCAUGAACAACGUCAAGGGCCUGUGCACGCCCGACCAGCCGAGCAAGUUCACCUGCGCCAACGAUGGGGCGCCCCUAUACGCCAGCUCGCUCAUGUGGGGGCUUCUGGGGUCUCAGCGCAUGUUCAACACGCUGUACCCGUUGUUCAAGUGGUGCUUCCUGAUCGGCACGCUCAUUGCCCUCGUGUUCCUGUUUGCGCAGGGCCUCGGGCCUAAAUACCUGCCUGGCGUACGGGAGAGACUGCGCGUCAAGCUGAAGCCGAACACGUUUGCGCUGCUGGACCGGACGUUGUUUCCAUUUGUAGCAUCGCUGCUCUGGCUGAACCCUAUCCUCAUCAUCCAGGGCAUCCAGCACUGGGCUCCGUCGAACCUGUCGUACAAGACGCCGGGUUUCAUCCUGUCGUUCAUCUUCAUGUAUUGGCUGCCCAAGCACAGGUUGGCGUGGUGGGAGAAGUACAACUAUGUGCUGUCAGCUGCUCUCACGGCCGGGGUCGCCAUCAGCGCGCUGAUCAAGUUCUUCGCGGUCGACUAUAACCCGGUGAGCUUGAAGUGGUGGGGCAACACAGUCAGCUCGGCUGGUGUAGAUGGGUCUAGCAUUGGGAUUCUGCCCAUCCCGGCGAGGGGCUACUUUGGCCCAGAAAGGGGGUCCCUGCCGUAG